UAAUUCUUUUAUUUCGACCACGUGCUGCUAUUGGUAAUGUCCGUACCGUGAAAUUUUUCUGAAACUCAUGUAACAAAAUGUCGGAAACUUCAGAGGACGAACAGACGCAGCUACAAACGAGUGACGAAGAGGAGGAUCUAGGUAGCGAGGAGGAGCAGGAAGAUGAAGAUAACAAUCAUAAGGAAGGGGACAGCGAGGCGGCACUAAGUGGUGAAGAUGAUAAAGGCUCCGAGGACGACGCAGCCGAGGAACAGAAGCUAACCUGGAAAGAUCUCGGUCUCAAUGAGGCUUUGUGUCAAGCAUGUGACGAAUUGAAGUGGAAGGCGCCUUCGAAGAUCCAACGUGAGGCCAUUCCGGUCGCCUUACAGGGCAAGGAUGUAAUUGGCCUAGCGGAGACCGGUUCCGGCAAGACGGGCGCCUUCGCUCUGCCAAUUUUACACGCCCUUCUCGAGAAUCCGCAGCGGUAUUUUGCCCUCGUGCUAACCCCCACGAGGGAACUGGCAUUUCAAAUUGGCGAGCAGUUUGAAGCCCUUGGUAGCGGGAUUGGCAUAAAGUGUUGCGUGGUAGUCGGCGGCAUGGACAUGGUAGCCCAGGGUCUUCAACUGGCCAAGAAGCCGCAUAUUAUAAUUGCCACACCGGGUCGCUUGGUUGAUCAUCUAGAAAACAUGAAAGGUUUUAACCUUAAGGCUAUUAAAUACUUGGUCAUGGACGAGGCGGAUCGCAUUCUUAACAUGGAUUUUGAGGUGGAGCUGGACAAGAUUCUGAAGGUAUUGCCGCGUGAACGACGAACCUUUCUGUUCAGUGCGACCAUGACCAAGAAAGUAAAGAAACUGCAGCGUGCCUCCCUUAAGGAUCCCGUAAAGGUAGAGGUGUCUAACAAGUAUCAGACGGUUGAGCAGCUGCAGCAAUCAUAUUUGUUUAUCCCUGUCAAAUACAAGGAUGUGUAUUUGGUUCAUAUCCUUAAUGAGCUGGCAGGCAACAGUUUCAUGAUAUUUUGCAGCACCUGCAACAACACGGUUAAGACAGCGUUAAUGCUUCGUGCGUUGGGAUUGGCUGCUAUUCCGCUGCACGGUCAAAUGUCGCAAAACAAGCGACUAGCUGCUUUAAACAAAUUCAAGGCCAAAAACCGGUCAAUACUCAUUUCGACGGACGUGGCGUCCCGCGGCUUGGACAUUCCUCAUGUGGAUGUCGUCGUUAAUUUCGACAUACCAACGCACAGCAAAGACUACAUUCACCGCGUGGGAAGAACAGCAAGAGCAGGUCGCUCCGGCAAAGCCAUAACCCUCGUGAGCCAGUACGACAUUGAGUUGUAUCAGCGCAUCGAACAUCUACUGGGGAAGCAACUGACACUGUAUAAGUGCGAGGAGGAUGAGGUGAUGGCCCUUCAAGAACGAGUAGCCGAAGCACAGCGCACUGCAAAACUGGAGCUGAAGGAUCUGGAAGAUACAAGGGGUGGUCACAAGAGGGGCGGGGACACCCACGAUGAUUCGGAGAACUUCACGGGCGCACGCAAACGCAUGAAACCGAUGGGCGGCACUGGCGGUGGUGGAAGAAAGAGCUUUGGCAAAAAGAAUUGGAGCAAGGGCAAGCAGAAGAGAUAGGUCAGAUCAGUCUCGAUUUUUAUUAGUGCUACUCUAAGAAUAAUGUAAUAAAAGUUUUAAAUAGAAAG